AUGCAAAUACAAACCGUUGAACCAAAAGGUCUCGACGACUGUCAACUAUGCCACAUUGCACUUUCUGGUGGUCACUCCCUACCAAUAUUGACCAGGAAGUCGACAUCGACGUCUUUCGUAUUAGCCCUUGGCUUGGCCGUACUCAUUAUACUAUCAAUUGGUUAUGUGAAACCUGCCGUUACAGUGGAACCCUUCAGUUUGAGACUCGUCAAACUCGAACCACCUCCAAAGCCUCUUUUUCUUUCCAAUGCCACCCAUGAGGCUAUCAAGCAGUUCAUGGCAAUAUUUCAACUGGUUGGGAUUCCUAAAAUGAGAAAGGUGAACGAGCUCGAUGUAAUGAUUGGUACGUUACGACCUGAGGUGCAGCUCGCAUAUCAAGGAUACAAGGCUGAGGCGUUGCUGAUGAAGCUGUCGCAAGACGAGCGAUUACAGGAAAUCACUGAGAAGACUCACUUCACCAUGGUUCAUCUGGAUGCUCUGAAGAAUAGUAAGUUACUUGGAUUGAACGAACGUAAGAAACGUCUGGAGGCAAUUUUUGGCGAGUAUUCCGAUUUCAUGGUGCAAGCAGUGACCAUCGAAGUGGCGGACGUUAUCGAUAACAUCAUGCAAAAUGUGUUGAGAGCACUACUUUUUACCGAGAAGAUGACUCAGAAAUGA